CUUAUAUAUGAUUAAAUUGACUUAUUUUCUAUGAAAGAUGUACAAAUAUCUUGACAAUGCAUGUAAAGAAAACACUGAUGUAAUAUUCAUUAUAUAUAUUUUUUUUUUAGACAUGGGGAUGUUAAUUGAAAACGAAAAGGAAGCAAGAAAAAGACUGUUUUUGAAACUCGGAAUAACAGAAGAAACUCUUAAAGAAGAUGUGGAACACCUCAAGGAAUGGAUGCAGAAGCAGCCGCACCUUCCAGCAAUGAGGCAUGUUAACCUUGACCUAUGGCUGGAAAAUCAACUGAUAAUGUCGAAGAACAGUAUGGAAAAAGCUAAGAACAGUAUUGAAAGAUAUUGCUCGAUCAGAUCUGUCUGCCCUGAAUGGUUUUCGGGGAGCGAACUUAUAAAUGAUGUUUUCCGGCUAACUUACGAUGUAUUGUCGCUUUCAUACUUACCUGGGCUGACACCAAGACUUCAUAAAGUUUGCAUCGCAAGACUGGAAGAUACAGAUAGCGACAAAUUUAAUUUUGAUAUAAUUUGGAAACGAUGUCUCAUGGCCAUGGAAUAUUUUCUACUAAAAGGCCAGGACUUUACAGGAUUUCACAUUAUUUUCGACUUUAGUGGUUUAAAAUUAUCUCAUCUAGCCAGGUUUCAAGUUUCCUCUUUAAGGAUGAUGUCUUAUUCAAUGAAAGCGUAUCCUGUGAGCUUCACAGCUGUGAACUUUAUAAACCAUCCAAAUUUUGUGGAUAAAUUUGUAGCUGUGCUGAAGCCAUUCAUUUCUGCAAAGCUUCAUUCACGAAUAACGUGCGUAAAAGAUAUAAGUGAACUCAAAGAAUUGCUUGGACCAGAUGUUCAACUACCAUCAGAUUAUGGCGGUGAAGGAUUAAGUCAAUAUGAAUAUAACGACAUAAUGAAGAAUAAACUCCUAAGUAUAAAAGACUACAUUCUUGAAUGCGAUAAAAUGAGAUGUGAUGACAGCAAGCGCCUAACGAAAGAAGUGACAAACACAACCGAUAGUGGUUUGCCUGGCUCUUUCAGGAAACUAUGUUUAGAUUAAACUAAGCAACCAACUGUUUUUUGUUACCAAACACUAUAAAAUCCUAUAAUUGUAUAAUUUGAAGUGAUCAAAUGGUUUCAUUUAUUUAGAUUUAAUUUAAAUAUUGUUCUAUGUACGUGAAUUUUAUCAUAAAUUAUAUUUAUGCAUUAUAUUAUAUACUUUAUAAAAUAUUAUUGCUUCUUUAUUUACGGUAAAUAUAAAUCUCUAAAAUUAUUUAAUUAUAUAAUAUCCUAUGAAAUGUAAUUUUUGUAUUUCUAUGUAAAUAAAAACUUUUAUUUUCAAAUUAUUUGUUA